AUAAAUUUUUGUAAUACCAGUUUAUCCCACUAAAUUAUAGUUGUGUGCUUGGAGAAAAUUAAUUUUCACCCACGCAUUUGUUCAAUUUCAUGCAAGUUUGUUUUUCAUAAAAUGAAGUUGCCGGUUCCCCUUUUGCCAAUUUUUCUACUUAUUCACUCCGUGCAAAGUACUAAUUUUUCGGCACACGUAAUCACAUCAAAGAAUUGGGCCCUUCUAGCGAAAUACCUUUUCAAGACGAACGGAUCGAGGCUAGAGUAUGAAAUUAAAUUUGAACGCGAGAAUUCUGACAACAUUUCGUUACUCCUUAUUCCGGACAACCUAUGGACACCUUUUAGUAAAGCGGAUACAUGCCACGAUAAAGUUAAGGUUCUGAGCUAUGAAAUGAAUCAAAUUAUUCCAUUAAGCGUGACAAAUCUCUGGUCAGGAUGCGAGCUUGACAAAAGCUGGAACACAACUUUGUGCAAAAAUCAGAGAAUGUUUUCAUCCUCGAAAGAUCGCAUGUGGUAUGUGAGCAUCGCAAACUGUAAUAGUUCAAAGGGGCUCGAUAUAAACUACAAAAUUUCCAUGAAAAAUAACGGCGAUCUUGAGGAACAAGCUUCAUAUGCGAGUCGACUUUAUACUUGGUCAUCAUUUGUAUUCCUUGGCUUUGUGUCAGCUUUCUUGUUAUUGUGAGGACAAAUAAUGUUACAAACUUUGAAUUAAAUAAUCAGGUUGAUAUGUUUGUGAAGUGGGGAAAUUUAAAAUUAUUUGUAAAAUUUUGUCCAAAUAAAUAGCAUUAUUUAUAUGUAUGUUAAUAAAAAUUUGGAUUUGUA